CAGUCGAACACUUGCUUCGUGGCUUGAGGGAAAAAGAAAAAAAAAAACUUGCAGAUCAAUAUUAACACUUGCUUCUACACCAGUGGACAUGGGAUUCUUCGCCUAAUCGUAAUACUAUUACCAGUUUUUCGUGAAAAUGGCUCUUUACCUAUCUUGCUUUCCUCACCUCGCCGCCUCUAGCCUUCCUUUCUCUUCCUCUUUCUCAAAUAUGGGUUGGCGUCGGCGCUCGAAUGCGAUUCGGCUGGUGGGCUGUAGUAAUGCCGCGGUGUCAAGACACGGCCAAGAAUUCUGGUUUUCAGUUGUAUAUGAAUCCGAUCCGGAGCUUCGAUUGGUGCUUGAACUAGCCUCGGACGCCGAGUUAUAUGAGCUUCAAAGAAUCCUAUUUGGUCCCAGCUACUUUAGUCCCUUGUUAAAGUCUAUGCUGAAUGGAGAUGAUGUGGAGGAUAUGAUGAUUGAGGAGAAUGUUGAGGAGAGAGAAGCUUUUAUAGCAGGUCUUGAAUCACGUUUCUUAUUCCUUGCCGCUGAUGCCCGCUCAACAUUGAGGGGUUGGAGGCCAUCAUACAGAAAUGUCCUGCUUUCUGCGAGGAAAAAGUUGAACAUUCCUUGCUCAAGCAAAUUGUCCACGGAAGACCUUGAAGCAGAAAUUUUCCUUCAUCUAUUGAGGGAGUACUCAAGUGAGGAAUCGGGAACUUUUCCAGGCUUAUGGGAAAAUAAUAAUAUUUCCAACAUUCAAAAUAGUCUAGAAUUGGGACUCAGCCAGUGGAAGGUGCAGGUCCUUGCUGCUGGUAAGGUUGGCACAGCUGAAUUCCAAUCAAUGAUUUUGAAGGGUGGGGGUAUGGUUACUUUGGCAAAACUUUAUCAAUUGUUGACGGAGAAAUUGUCUGGAAAGGUGUUUCUGGAACCUGCCAACUAUUUGAUGAAAAAGGAAGCUCUUAGAAAGGGGGGACAGGUAGCUGCUAUUAAUAUAGAGUCUAGAGCAGCCUUGCUUGCAGCUAAGCAGGGCUUUGCCGGUGCUGCAUCCAGAUAUGUGGGCUUGAGGAGUAUGAUGAAUUUGCUUGGACCACUGUUUUGGGGACAUUUAUGGCUGAUGUUGUCAUUCAGAUGCUAGGAACCGAUUAUGCUAGAAUUUUGCGAGCUAUUUAUGGAUUUGCACAGAUCCGUAUCACCCGAACAUAUCGAUUGUAAUGCAAAGAUGAAUUGAGUUCUUAGCUUUUCAGGUUGUUCAUCUCAAACUUGUCUAGUAGUGGCACUGGCAUCCUUUCUUUGGAACUGAAGCUGUAGUGAUAUUGUAGGUAAAUUGUCUUGCAAAAUAUUAUGCAUCUGUUCAUAGAGAGAAUG